AUGGCUUCCCUCAACACUUCUACCAACGGACCGUCAAUCACCAAAAGUUACCAAUCCGUCGUCAAUGCACCGCCUCCCUCUGGUGCUGCCGCCGCUUCGCCCACCUACGGUCAAUGGGCUGUCUUCUCCGUGUCCGCUCCUCUAGCCAAUGCGUUCCAACAAGACUCGGGAAACAAGGAGAGCAUACUCAAAGUUCAAAGUACAGGAGAAGGAGAGCUUGUUGAUUUGAUCGACGAGUUCUCUGACGGCCGAAUUCAGUUCGCUUUCGUCAAGGUAAAAGACUCCAACACCGGUCUGCCCAAGAAUGCCCUGAUCGCUUGGUGCGGUGAAGGGGUGCCGGAGCGGACAAAGGGAUACUUCACCAGCCAUAUGACGACAGUGGCCAAACUGCUGCAUGGCUACCAUGUCCAGAUUACUGCUAGAUCCGACCGAGAUCUCACGCCGGAGGGCAUUAUACAGAAAGUUGCCGAUGCCUCAGGCUCCAAGUAUUCCUCGAGCAGUACUGCUCCGCCUUCCGUUGCCGCUGCCAGCAAGCCAAACGUGGCUUCGAAACCGGUUUUCACUCCUACACAAAGUACGGGAGUAUCAGGCGGAUAUAACCCCCCGGGCCGUAAUGUGCCGCCCAAGAAAGCUGAUGUGGACGAGGACGGUUGGGGUGCGGACGCUCCCCCCGUUACCCGGACGCAAUUGGAAAAAGUGCAGCCCGCCUAUCAGCCUACCAAGGUCAGUAUGAGAGACCUCACUUCGACGAAGCCGGCCCCGUCUGGUUUGGACAGCAGUCACACGGACGAUCGGCCGGACGUGGUCAAGGGUGCAUAUCAGCCAGUCGGCAAAGUUGACAUUGCUGCCAUCCGACGCCAGGCUAAGGAGUCGGGGCAAAUGCGAGAUGAUAGACCGGAGCCCGUGAAGGGCUCCUACGAGCCUGUUGGCAAAGUCGACAUUGCUUCCAUACGUGCCAGGGCCCAGAAACAUGAGGAUUCCAGUUUCUCGCGACCGAGCCCGGAGCCAAGCGCUUCAGCUGGCACCUCCGAAGAGAGGGAGAUCCCCGUUCGGUCACUACAAGAACGCUCGGCUGCCUUCUCCCAGGGUCCGGAACGUCUCACAUCCCUGCCCAAACCUAAGGUUGCCAACAAGUUCGGCGGUAGCUCGACUUUCACAGGCACCAAAGCACCACUUCCUGGAGGGUUUGAAGCUAAGCCAGUGGUCCCUACGCCUCCGGUAGGCAGUGCCAGUAGGACUUUUGCCGACCAGGGAGGCAAGACUCCUGCACAGCUUUGGGCUGAGAAGAAGGCCCGCGAAAGAGGCUUGAGCGGAUCUGGGGAACCACCACAGUCGCCAACCGGACACUCGGGACAGACUCCAGUGGCAACACAGAAAAGCGGUGGCGAAUGGAAGAGUGGUUAUACCGGUAAGAGCUGGGCGCCAGUCCAGACUACGCACACCGGGCGAAGUAGCAUCGGGCAACAAGUUACAGGCGAAGGCGCGAAGUCUGGCACAGAAGAGGAAACUCCUGCGUCACCCGCCGGUGGUAUCAGUUCGAUACGCGAUCGAUUCAGUGGCGCUCCUCCCAUGGGAGCCCCUGCGACCUUUGACCGCGCUCCGCCGCCUGCACCAGAACCUGACACAAGCAACAAGCCCAACCGUGGUAUACCAAUCCCCGGUCUGCCAGUUUCGCAACCCAAGCCGCAGGAAGAAUCGGCCCCAGCACUGCCCACGCCACCUCCCCAGCCGAGGAGCCCAACGCCACCCACUCCGGACGAGCGAGCUGCUUCUCCCAUCCGUGUCGCUAUGCCAGUCAGCGCGUCCGCGGAAGUGACCGAUGCUCAUGAAGAGAUUGUCUCACCACCACCAACACUGCCGACUACAUCUCUAGCGGAGGCCAUUCCUACUCCGGCGCCUGACGAGGACGAGCCCGAUGUUGGACCCGAUGUUGGACGCGCCGCUGCACAAGCAGCCGCGGCAAGCACAAUGGGACAGGAAGCGGUAGAGGCCGCUCCCCCUGCGGUGGCCGCCGCUGGAGGUGAACGAGCGCGAGCUGAGUAUGAUUAUGAAGCGGCGGAAGACAACGAAGUGUCGCUUCGUGAAGGCGAAAUCGUCACCAACAUCCAGCGAGUGGAUCCGGAUUGGUGGGUGGUUACUAACGAGUCUGGACUGAGCGGACUUGUCCCUAGCAACUAUCUCAGUGUCUUGGAGGACGAUGCUGGUGAUGCCACAGCUCCGGCGGCUGCCUCUCAUGCAGCCGAACCUGGCCCGUCGGCACCCGAACCGACGAAGGGAGUUACGGCCACAGCUCUUUACGAUUAUGAAGCCGGAGAAGACAACGAGCUCUCAUUCCCCGAGAACGCCAUCAUCACCAACGUCACAUUUCCUGAUGAAGACUGGUGGCAUGGCGAGUACCAGGGCCAAGCAGGCCUGUUCCCGGCUAAUUACACCAAGCUCAACGACUGA